AUGAAGCUGGAGCCCGAGAAAGCUGCAAGAGAGGAAGAGAAGGUUCGAUAUCUGGAAGAGAAGCUUGCACCGCUGCAGAUGACUGCUUUAAAUGUGGAUGACCUGCAGAAUCUCUGCAAGCAGAUUAACGCAAAGAUUGACACGGUGGACUAGGAGCGGUACGACUGUGAGGUCAAAGUCAUCAAGAACUACAGAGAUAUCCAUGAGUUGAAGCUAAAGGUGCAGGAUCUUGGAGGAAAGUUUAAGAAACCAGCUCUGAGGAAGGUGAGAGUAUCAGCAGAUGAGAUGAUGAAAGCUCUGUUUGGGUCCAAAAAUAAGGAAUCCAUGGACCUGAGGGCAAACUUCAAAUCUGUGAAGAAAGAGGACAUUAAACAAGAGAAGGAGCUGACCAAUGAGAUGGGCGACUGGCGUAAGAAUGUGGAAGCCAUGUCUGGUAUGGAGGGCCGGAAGAAGAUGUUUGAUGCAGCUGGAGGUGGACAAUAAAAAAAACAAACUCCUUUAGUGCACCCAACAC